CGGCCGCCUGAGGCGCGGGGCCAUGGCGGCGGCCGCGGCCGAGCGGCUGCUGCAGCUGCUGCGGGAGGAGCGGGACGCCGAGCUCGCCGAGAGCAGGGCAUGGCAGGAGGGUGUCUCCCUGAAGGAGCUGCAGCGCAGAGGCGUCUGUCUGCUGAAGCUCCAAGCUGCCAGCCAGAGAACCGGCCUCUAUGGGCAGCUGCUCAUCACCUUCCAGCCCAGGAAAUACGACCCAGCUGCUGAGCUGCCCUAUAACAGUUUUGGGCCUGGGGAUGUUGUGGGCCUGUACGACUCAUCUGGCCAGGCUGAUCCGCUCUGCACUGGCGUUGUGACCCGUGUCACCCCCAGAGCCGUGACUGUGGCCUUUGAGGACUCUCGAGGUGACUCACUGAGCGUGGACUCGGAGAGCUCGUACCGCCUCCUGAAGCUGGCCAACGAUGUCACCUACAACAGGAUGAAAAAAGCUUUACAUGCACUAAGGCAGUAUCGUGGUGGUCCAGCCUCUGAUCUGAUCGACGUCCUCUUCUUCUCUUCUGACCUCAGCCCAUCCAGUGACACAAAGCCCCUAAAGCUUUUCAAUGCCUCGCUGGACGCGUCGCAGAGGGAGGCUGUCUCCUUCUCCCUGGCACAGAGGGAGCUUGCCAUCGUCCAUGGACCACCUGGCACAGGGAAGACCACAACACUAGUAGAAAUCAUCUUGCAAGCUGUACAGCAAGGCCUGAAAGUCCUGUGCUGUGCCCCUUCCAACGUUGCAGUGGAUAACCUGGUGGAAAGGCUGGCGGGCUACGGGACCCGCAUCCUGCGGCUGGGGCACCCCGCUCGCCUGCUGGACUCCAUCCAGCAGCACUCCCUGGACGCCGUCCUGGCCCGAGGGGACAACGCCCAGAUCGUGGCAGAUAUCAGGAAGGACAUCGACCAGGCCUUUGCAAAAAGCAAAAAGGCUCAAGACAAGGGAGAGAGGAGCCAUUUCCUCAGUGAGAUGAAGGUGCUGAGAAAGGAGCUGAGGGAGCGAGAGGAAGCGGCCAUGGCUGCAGCCCUUACCCAUGCCAGUGUUGUCCUUGCUACCAAUACAGGUGCUUCCUCUGAUGGCCCACUGAAGCUGCUUCCUGAAAAUCACUUUGAUGUGGUGGUGAUAGAUGAGUGUGCUCAGGCCCUGGAAGCCAGCUGCUGGAUACCUCUGCUGAAGGCUCGGAAGUGCAUCUUGGCCGGGGAUCACAAACAGCUUCCCCCCACCAUCAUCUCUCACAAGGCUGCUGCCCAGGGCCUGUCCCUGAGCCUGAUGGAGCGACUGCUGGCGGGCUACGGGGACAGGGCGGUGAGGAUGCUGACGGUGCAGUACCGCAUGCACCAGGACAUCAUGCUCUGGGCGUCCGGCGAGAUGUACGGCGGCCGCCUCACCGCGCACCCGGCCGUGGCCCAGCACCUGCUCAAGGACCUGCCGGGCGUCACGGCUACAGAGGAGACCAGCACUGCCUUGCUGCUCAUAGACACUGCUGGCUGUGGCCUGUUUGAGCUGGAGCUGGAGGAUGAACAGUCCAAGGGGAACCCAGGGGAGGUGCAGCUGGCUGCUCUGCACAUCCAGGCCUUGGUGGAAGCCGGCGUGAAGGCCAAAGACAUCGCUGUCAUAGCUCCCUACAACCUGCAGGUGGACAUGCUCAGAGAGAACCUUUGCCACAGGUAUCCAGACCUAGAGAUCAAAUCAGUUGAUGGUUUCCAAGGAAGGGAGAAGGAGGCAGUGAUCCUGUCCUUCGUGAGAUCCAACAGGAAAGGUGAGCUCGGCUUUGUGGGGGACGACCGGCGGAUCAACGUGGCCGUGACCCGCGCCCGGCGCCACGUGGCCGUGGUGUGCGACAGCCGCACGCUGAGCUGCCGGCCGCUGCUGCAGCGCCUGCUGCGGCACAUCACGCGGCACGGCCGGCUGCGCAGCGCCUUCGAGUACCUGCCCGACCUCACGCCCACCAACUACGGCCCCGUGGCUGCCAGGCCCCCCACGGCCCCCCGCACGCGGCCCCCCGAGGCCCCCCGCACGCAGCCCACCAAAGCCCAUGGGCACGGAGCGGCGGCCGGGCGGGCGGAGGCGCGGCAGGGCCGGCACGGCACCGGGAGCCCGGCGGCAGAGGACGGUGCCGAGGGGCUGAGGGCCACGCUGGAGGCGUUCCUGCAGAGCUCAGAGCGGCAGAUGGACUUCCCCCCAAGCCUCAGCUCCCACCAGCGGCUGCUGCUGCACCUGAUGGCCGAGGAGCUGGGGCUGUGGCACGGCAGCAGCGGCCAGGGCAGCGCCCGGUACCUCAGCGUGCGCAAGAAGGAGCCCCCCGAGCCCCCAGCAACCACUGGCACCAGCCCCAGCACACAGCCACGGCCUGGCCGGGACACUCCUGGCCCUGCAGAGCCCGGCCAGGACGCUCCUAGCCCUGCAGAGCUCAGCCAGGACACUCCUGUCCCUGCCAAUACCAGACAGGACGCUCCUGGCCCUGCAGACCCCAGCCAGGACGCUGCUGUCCCUGCAGACCCCAACCAGGACACUCCUGGCCCUGCAAACCCCAACCAGGACACUCCUGGCCCUGCAGACCCCAGCCAGGACGCUCCUGGCCCUGCAGACCCCAGCCAGGAUGCUCCUGGCCCUGCAGCGCCCAGGGGAGGCAGCAAGGGCCGGGGGAACGUGGACCUGAGAGCCCUGCACCUGGAGAGAGUUCAGAGGGACAAAGCCAGGCGGGAGGAGGAGGCAGCCAGGAGGGCUCAGGAGCCCAGAGCCCAGCCUCAGAGCAGCAGCAGCAGGAAAAAAGACAAAAGCAAAGGCAAAGGACAGGCAGCGGGCCGGAGCGGAGCGGCAGAGGACGACCUGGACGCUGUGCUGGCGGCUGCCGGCACCUGCAGCUUCCCCGGCUGCACGGGCAGGACCACGGCCCUGGGGCAGCUCUGCCCCCUCUGCAGCGCCUGCUUCUGCCUCCAGCACCAGCUCCCCGAGGUACCCGCGUGGGGCUGGGCAGGGCUCUGGGGUGCACGGCUGUGGGGAGAAGGCCAAGGCCCAGGCCCGGCAGCAGCUCCGCAGGGACGGGCUUUGCCCCGGGAGCAGCCCCAGGGACAAGCCCCUGGACCCGGCCAGGAGAGCUCACCUGCAGCGGCGCCUGGACAAGAAACUCAGCGACCUGAGCAGCCAGAGGAAGAGCAAAAGGAAAGAGAAGGAGAAAUGAAGGGUGGGAAUGCCGGGGGUGUAAGCUGGGAGCCAGGGGUCGGGCUGGGCCGAGCCCCAGGGGAGAGGGAGCUCUCCUUUUUGGGCCAGGCAGCCCGGAUAAGCUGUGCCCGGGGCUCCUGAAGGCGAGGGCAGGGGAAGGGGAGCAGCUUUGUCCCUGUUCCCCUCCUCGGCAGAGUGGGAGCUGUGCACAGGGAGCUGGGGCUGUGCACGGAGGGCUGGGGACACCAGAGAGACAUUAAACACAAGGCACUGGGCUG